AUGGAGGCGCUGAUCCCCGUCAUUAACAAGCUGCAGGAUGUGUUUAACACGGUGGGGGCUGACAUCAUCCAGCUGCCGCAGAUCGUGGUGGUGGGCACACAGAGCAGUGGAAAGAGUUCUGUGUUGGAAAGUCUUGUGGGGAGGGAUCUGCUCCCACGAGGUACUGGAGUUGUCACCCGGAGACCCCUUAUUCUGCAGCUGGUGCAUGUUUCCCCAGAGGAUGGUCGGAAAACAGCUGGAGAUGAAAAUGACCCUGCUACAUGGAAAAAUGCAAGACACCUUUCUAAAGAGAUAGAUGCUGAAGAGUGGGGUAAAUUUCUUCACACCAAAAAUAAGAUCUAUACAGAUUUUGAUGAAAUUCGUCAGGAAAUAGAAAAUGAAACAGAGAGGAUUUCAGGAAAUAACAAGGGGAUCAGUCCUGAACCUAUUCAUCUUAAGAUUUUUUCAUCUAAUGUUGUAAAUCUGACUCUUGUGGAUUUACCUGGAAUGACGAAGGUGCCUGUUGGUGAUCAGCCUAAGGACAUUGAACUUCAGAUAAGAGAGCUAAUCCUUCAAUUCAUCAGUAACCCAAAUUCAAUUAUUCUGGCGGUCACAGCUGCUAACACAGACAUGGCCACUUCAGAAGCACUUAAAAUUGCACGGGAGGUGGAUCCAGAUGGUCGAAGAACCCUUGCUGUUAUCACAAAGUUGGAUCUCAUGGAUGCUGGCACUGAUGCUAUGGAUGUACUCUUGGGAAGAGUGAUUCCGGUCAAACUUGGCAUCAUUGGAGUUGUGAACAGGAGUCAGUUGGAUAUUAACAAUAAGAAGAGUGUAGCUGAUUCCAUUCGUGAUGAGUAUGGUUUUCUUCAAAAGAAGUAUCCUUCCCUAGCCAAUCGGAAUGGAACCAAGUAUCUUGCUAGAACACUGAACAGACUACUGAUGCAUCAUAUCAGGGAUUGCUUGCCAGAACUGAAAACCAGAAUCAAUGUUUUAGCUGCUCAGUACCAGUCUUUACUAAACAGCUAUGGAGAACCUGUUGAGGACAAAAGUGCCACCUUAUUGCAGCUUAUUACCAAAUUUGCCACAGAAUAUUGUAACACUAUUGAAGGAACAGCAAAAUACAUAGAGACUUCAGAGCUGUGUGGUGGAGCCAGAAUCUGCUACAUUUUUCAUGAGACCUUUGGAAGAACUUUAGAAUCUGUUGACCCACUGGGUGGCCUUAACACUAUUGAUAUUCUGACUGCCAUUAGAAAUGCUACUGGUCCUCGUCCUGCCUUGUUUGUUCCUGAAGUUUCAUUUGAAUUACUGGUGAAAAGGCAAAUCAAACGUUUAGAAGAACCUAGCUUGCGCUGUGUGGAGCUGGUUCAUGAAGAAAUGCAGAGGAUUAUCCAGCAUUGUAGUAAUUACAGUACCCAGGAAUUAUUGAGAUUUCCUAAAUUGCACGAUGCCAUAGUUGAAGUAGUAACCUGUCUUCUGCGUAGAAGACUUCCUGUCACAAAUGAAAUGGUUCAUAAUCUAGUGGCCAUUGAGUUAGCUUAUAUCAAUACCAAACAUCCAGACUUCGCUGAUGCCUGUGGUUUAAUGAAUAACAACAUAGAGGAACAAAGGCGUAACAGAUUAGCCCGAGAAUUGUCUUCUGCUGUGCCACGAGACAAGUCUACAAAAGCUCCAGGUGCAUUGCCACCUGCUUCCCAGGAGACUGUUACUGCUCCUUCUGCUGAGGCUGAUGGCAAGGUCUGUCUUGAUUUUUCCUAUAAGCACUGCAUGCACAUUUCUGUUGCUGCUCCAGGAGCAGGAGAUGCACCUCAGGAGCCUGGAACAGGCAACUGGAGAGGAAUGCUGAAACCUUCAAAAGUGGAAGAGGUAUCAGCAGAGGAGAAAUCCAAGCCAGCUGCAGCCCUACCUGCUAGUCCUCAAAAAGGACAUGCUGUAAACCUACUAGAUGUGCCUGUGCCUGUUGCACGCAAACUUUCCGCCCGUGAGCAACGAGAUUGUGAAGUGAUUGAACGACUUAUUAAAUCUUACUUCCUUAUUGUCAGGAAGAACAUUCAGGACAGUGUGCCAAAGGCAGUGAUGCAUUUUCUGGUCAAUCAUGUGAAAGACACGCUUCAGAGUGAGCUGGUAGGCCAGCUGUACAAAUCCUUGUUGCUGGAUGACCUUCUGACAGAAUCUGAGGACAUGGCACAGCGCAGAAAAGAGGCAGCUGACAUGCUAAAGGCCCUGCAGCGAGCCAGUCAGAUCAUUGCAGAGAUUCGCGAGACACAUCUGUGGUGA